CUCUCCUUUGUUUUAAUUCGUUUAAUUUUACGUGUUGUUCUAUUUGUUAAUACAUAAAACUAUAACUUUUAUUUAAAAUAUAGUUAGAAAAUGGGUGUUUCUAAUUAUGAUGCUCUACGUAAGCAAGCAAGGCACUUAGAAAAUGAAAUUGAUUUAAAGUUAGUAGCAUUCAGCAAAAUUGGUGCUGGCACUAGCACCUCCCUACACAGCAGUUCAUCUACCGACACAUCACCAUUAUUGGGCGAACAUGUUUUCGAUUCGCUCUCAGAAGAAAUAUCACAAAUGUUAGAUAAGCUAUCAUCACUGAAUGAAACAAUGUCCGAGCUUCCUGCAACAGGUGCUGCUGCUAUGCAUACACUCCAGCGUCAUCGCGAAAUUCUGCAUGGUUAUAGACAAGAGUUUAAUAAAAUUUGUGCAAAUCAUACAACACGUAUAGAGCGUGAGGAACUAUUACGUGGUUCCGGCCUGGCCACAAACAGCCCUACUAUUUCCGGACUAAGUAGACGUGAUCUUUAUUUAAAAGAAAGUACUCAUUUGAAUAGUUCCAGCAAUAUGGUCAGUGACCAAAUUAAUAUUGCUAUUGAAACUCGGGAGCAUUUACUUUCGCAGAGACAGGCAUUCAAGCGACUGCAGACACGAUUUAAUGACAUAUCCAAUAGAUUUCCUUUGAUAUCCAGCCUCAUACAACGGAUCAACAUCAAGAAAAAACGAGAUUCCUUUAUUUUAGGGGCAGUUGUUGCACUGUGUGUUAUACUUUUAUUGCUCUACGCAUUCAAUUAACGAUUUUCCGAAACGAAACCUAUUGCAGUUACCAGUUAAAAAAAAAAACUUAUACAUUUCAUGGUAUUGUUAGAAUUAAUCAGAUAUACAUUUGGAUGGAGAAAAGUUAUUCUAUAUUUUUUACAAAUUUCUGUUCAAUUUCAGUUAAAAUAUGUUACAAUAAUCAAUAAUAAUCGUAUUGUAAUUUGUGAUAAAUAUUGUUUGAAUAAAAACGGUGGGUCAAAUAAACUACAU